AGCUUGGUGCUAACAGGUUGCAGCAGCAGGGAUGAGCAGACAUAAGCAGCACGCAGCACAGAUAAACUCAUCUUUAACUUUAUUCAGACAUUUGCCUUAAAUAUGCCUUAUUUUUAAUCGUUUUUAGCGGAUAACCUCGGGAGCUGUCGGAACAGAGAUGCCCUUUCACAGGAAAUAUAUCCCGUCUUCCUCAAACUAGUUGACACGAUACCACGGAGACGGAGCCUGAUCUGUGAUGGAUAAUGCUCACACUAAGACGGUGGAGGAGGUUCUUGGCUUCUUCAGCGUAAAUGAAUCGACAGGUCUGAGCUGUGAGCAGCUGAAGAAGAACAGGGAGCGAUGGGGACCCAACGAACUGCCAGCAGAAGAAGGGAAGUCUCUCUGGGAGCUGGUCCUGGAACAGUUCGAGGAUUUGUUGGUUCGAAUCCUGCUGCUGGCCGCAUGCAUCUCCUUCACGCUGGCGUGGUUCGAAGAAGGGGAAGGGACGAUCACGGCCUUCGUGGAGCCCUUCGUCAUCCUCCUCAUCCUCAUCGCUAAUGCUAUAGUGGGAGUGUGGCAGGAGCGUAAUGCAGAAAAUGCCAUUGAGGCUCUGAAGGAGUACGAGCCGGAGAUGGGGAAGGUGUACCGACAGGACAAGAAGAGCGUCCAGAGGGUCAGAGCUAGAGACAUUGUCCCUGGGGACAUUGUGGAAGUGGCAGUCGGUGAUAAGGUCCCAGCAGACAUCAGGCUGACGUCCAUCCGGUCCACCACACUCAGGGUGGACCAGUCCAUUCUGACAGGGGAGUCGGUGUCUGUGAUCAAACACACAGACCCUGUACCAGACCCCAGAGCUGUCAACCAAGACAAGAAGAACAUGUUAUUCUCCGGCACCAACAUCGCUGCAGGCCGAGCCAUAGGAAUCGUCGUGGCGACCGGGGUGCAGACGGAGAUCGGGAAAAUCCGCGACGAGAUGGCCUCCACGGACGCCGAAAGGACCCCGCUGCAGCAGAAACUGGACCAGUUUGGGGAGCAGCUUUCUAAGGUCAUCAGCGUGAUCUGUGUGGCGGUGUGGGCCAUCAAUGUGGGGCACUUCAAUGACCCGGUCCAUGGAGGCAGCUGGCUGAGAGGAGCUGUUUACUAUUUCAAGAUUGCUGUCGCACUGGCUGUGGCCGCCAUACCCGAAGGCCUCCCGGCUGUCAUCACCACCUGUCUGGCUCUGGGAACCAGGAGGAUGGCCCGGAAGAACGCCAUCGUCCGCAGCCUCCCGUCGGUGGAGACGCUGGGCUGCACCUCCGUCAUCUGCUCCGACAAAACUGGAACGUUGACCACGAACCAGAUGUCGGUUUGCAGGAUGUUUGUCGUGGACAGUGUAGCAGCAGAACGCUGCAGCCUGAGUGAGUUCACAGUGACUGGAUCCACGUACGCACCCGAAGGAGAAGUCUAUAAGGACGGCUCGGUGGUGAAGUGCAGCCGCUUCGAAGGCUUGGUGGAGAUGGCCUCCAUCUGUGCUUUGUGCAAUGACUCAUCACUGGACUUCAACGAGGCGAAGGGCGUCUACGAGAAGGUCGGCGAGGCCACGGAGACGGCGCUCUGCUGCCUGGUGGAGAAAAUGAACGUGUUUGAGACCGACCUGAGGGGACUGAGUCCCGCUGAGAGGGCGACGGCCUGCUGCUCCGUGAUCAAACAGCUGAUGAGGAAGGAGCUGACUCUAGAGUUUUCUCGGGACAGGAAGUCCAUGUCCGUCUUCUGUUCGUCCAAUAAACUCAGCAGGACGUCCUCUGGGCCCAAGAUGUUUGUAAAGGGGGCUCCGGAGAGCGUCCUGGAGCGGUGUAACUACAUACGGGUGGGGGGCUCGGCCCGAGUGCCCCUGAGCCCGGGGGUUAGAGAACAGCUGCUGUCCAUUGUUCGGGAGUGGGGGGCCGGGAGGGACACACUGCGCUGCCUGGCCAUGGCCACCAGGGACAAACCCCCCGAGAUCCACUGCCUCAAUCUGGAGAACUCAGCGGCCUUCGGUGACUACGAGUCGGAUUUGACCUUCGUGGGCUGCGUGGGCAUGUUGGACCCCCCCAGGAAGGAGGUGCUCGGAGCGGUUCGAAUGUGUCGCCAAGCUGGCAUACGAGUCAUCAUGAUUACAGGUGACAACAAAGGCACGGCCUUGUCUAUCUGCCGGAGAGUGGGCAUCAUCACGGAGCAGGAGGAGGAGCCAGAGAGCGGCGGCCUCAUCCAGAGCCUGACGGGACGGGAGUUUGACGAGCUGCCGCCUCACCUGCAGCGCCAGGCCUGCUCCACGGCGCGCUGCUUCGCCCGCGUGGAACCGGCCCACAAGAGUCGCAUCGUGGAGUACCUGCAGAGCCUGAACGACAUCACUGCCAUGACAGGUGACGGAGUGAACGAUGCGCCGGCUCUGAAGAAAGCCGAGAUCGGUAUCGCGAUGGGCAGCGGCACGGCGGUGGCGAAGUCCGUCUCCGAGAUGAUCCUGGCUGACGACAACUUCUCCACCAUCGUGGCGGCCGUGGAGGAGGGCAGAGCCAUUUACAACAACAUGAAACAGUUCAUCCGAUACCUGAUAUCCUCCAACAUCGGGGAGGUGGUCUGUAUUUUCCUUACAGCUGCACUGGGAAUGCCCGAGGCGCUGAUCCCGGUCCAGCUGCUGUGGGUCAACCUGGUCACUGAUGGUUUCCCAGCUACCGCUUUGGGCUUCAACCCCCCCGACCUGGACAUCAUGUCUCGGCCUCCGCGUUCCCCCAAAGAGCCACUGAUCUCCAGCUGGUUGUUCUUUCGCUACCUUAUCAUCGGAUGUUAUGUGGGAGCAGCCACUGUAGGAGCUGCUGCCUGGUGGUUUAUGGCGGCUCACAAUGGACCAAAGCUUUCCUUCUAUCAACUGUCCCAUUAUUUGCAGUGCAGUGAAGGCCAUGCUGAGUUUGCCGGUGUUCAGUGUUCGGUCUUUGAGUCUCCGUAUCCGAUGACGAUGGCCUUGUCGGUGCUGGUCACCAUAGAGAUGUGCAACGCCCUGAACAGUCUUUCAGAGAAUCAGUCGCUGCUAAAAAUGCCUCCCUGGUCGAAUCCCUGGCUGGUGGGAUCCAUCUGUUUGUCAAUGGCGCUACACUUCCUCAUUCUGUAUGUGGACCCACUGCCGAUGAUAUUUCAGAUUCGUCCUCUGUCGUGGAGUCAGUGGGUGGUGGUGCUGAAGAUGUCCUUUCCGGUCAUCUUGAUGGACGAGGCUCUAAAGUUUCUGGCCCGCAACUACAUCGAGCCAGGAAGCCAGAUGCAGACACUAGAAGAAGAAGAGGAGAUGCAGAGCGCAAGAGCCAGUUUGGGGUUGGUUGGCGUGGCGGCGACGAGGCUACGUCAGACGUUGAGGGGCGUGUCCUGGUCGUUCGUUUUGAUUUCUGCGCCACUCGUGAUCUGGAUCUUCAGCCUGGACUCCGACAUCACCAACAUCUUCUGGGAGUGAUGGGUGAAGUAAGGGGGAGUGCUGCUGCAUGUAGACGUACUGAAACACAGUGAAAGAAGGGAAUCAACUAGAGUUUCGGGAGGUGGGAUAGGAAAGGACGCUAGCGUGCUAUAUUUAAUUAGCUUGUUUAAGACGAAACAGGCAGAUAAAGAGCCAGUUGCCAUCGUGUGCUUUGAAAAAGGCUUUUCAUGUGUGUUGUUAGCAUUUAGACCUGGACCCAAAGAUACACAGGGCCGAAUACAGUUCAGUUUGAAGACCUAGAUCUAUUUCUCAGGACUGGGUUGCACCGGCUACUUUUGCGUGUCGUCCUUUCCUUUCUGCUUUUUCGGAAACAUCCAUCGAAUCACUUUUGCGAGAUGAAACCGUUCCAAGCUUUCCUGACAAUCUUGUGUAAAUGUGGGUGAAACUUUACUUGAAUACAGAAUACAGGAGUAUGUGUGUUUCAGAGUUUGCAGUAUUUAUAUAGUUUAGAGGGACAGGGUAAUAUCUGACUAUGCUAAUCUAUGCUAACCAUUGGUGAUUUGUGUGAUGUUUUGAGAUACACGUCCCGGUUUACUUCUUAAUGGACUUGUUGGGUUGGAUAUAUGUGCACAUCCCAUUUAUUUAUUUUUGCUUUUGUGUCAAAACAGCUCAAAUAUUAGCAAUGUUUCAUCAGUAAUAGUUCUUUUUGGCACUUUCUUAUUAUUUUAGUAAAUGUAAGUUGAAUAUUUAGUAACAUAACGAUUAGUUUUGUUGAAAAAUACAUUUUAGUUUCAAGAAUAUCUCCAUCACAAGUCUUAAGUUUAAUUUUUGGAAGAGGUAGACCUAACAUAGACUACAAAACAAAGAAGUUACACUUAUCCUCCUGAGAUCUGACCUUUUGUUUCGUAUGCAUUUUUAAUUUGUCCAAGGUAUUUGGGAUUAGUAGGACUUAAGAAGAAGAAAAAAUGAGAACCAAUGAAAUUCCAAUGUCCUCAAACAAGUACUUGCUAAUCAGUCAUGAGGACGACAGGUCUAAAUGAAGCAGAAGGAGAAACUGCUACAAACCUAAAACAUAUGACGAUGCUGGGUCUCAGGAGGUUAAAAGAUUUUUAUUAAUAAUGUAUUUUUAUUUUUUUGUUUGCCUUUUUUUUCUUGCUUAUCAUCUUCCGACCCCUUUUGAGACCAGUUGACAGUGUCUAACAGGACAUUUAUGGUAACAAAAUACGACUGAUUCCACUACAGGAGGCAACGUACACACAGUUCAACCUCCGGCCAUUUUAUUUAGCCUGGACACUGUCAAAUUCUUCCAUUGUGCACAUUAUGGAAUCUAUAAAAAUACUAAUAUUUCCUCUUAAUGGCUUUUUGGGGAAACAAGUCAAAUAUUAGCAAUGUUUCAUGUCGCACUUUGUUGUAAAGUACUAAAUAAUGAGCGGUCACCACGUGGUGGGUAGUCGAUGGAGAAUCACGUGGUUGGACUCAAAAGGAAAUGAAAACAAAAUCACUUGCUUUUCAAAAUACUGAGACAAUCCAAGCGGAAAGAGAAGCUCCUCUAGUUUCUAAUGGAACAGAGGGGAUUGUGGGUACAGUUUCGUUCUGUUGUUGAACUAAAAUAUUCUAAAACAGCGAUGGUUGUUUUUAUUUAAAACCUGAUAUUUUAGUAAAAAAAAACACCACAUACCUUAUUGUACGACUUCCUUACAGCAAUUAAUCCCAAUUAAACAGGUUUGUUCAGAGUCAAUCAGGAUUAUAUUCUGUAAUGAAUUACAUCAUAGUUGCGUUUACAAUAAGCAUUAAAAUAACGUGGAUAGACUCCUGUGUGUACGUGUACUGGGUCAGAUUUCUGAACUAAAUGUGGUUCUUUGUGUUAGGGGCUUUUCAUAUGCUGUAUGUGUGUUGCCCUUAUUGCUCUGUACUCUGCGAUGCAAUUAUUUUGUCGCUGUCUUUAUGUUAUUUUCCUCUUCUCCUCCACGGAAGCUGCCGCUGUGCCAGUGUACUGUUAAAUAUACGACCAAAGCUUUAGUGGCGUUUUCAUAUAUAGGAUAAUAGUAUCGUACAGCAAAAAGAGUGAGCUUUAACUGUGGUAACCAGUGCCCUGUUCCUUUACUCGCAUUAAUAUAUACAUGUAUGUACACACAGAACGAUCAGGCAUAACAUUAUGACCACUAGCUGGGUGGUCCAUGUCUAAGUAACGUCCACAUGAAUGAGUUUCCCAGCACAACAUUAAAUUGUUUGAAGAUGGUUUAAAUGUUGUUUACUUCUCCUGUCAGUGGUCAUAAUGUUGUGGCUGAUCAUUGUGUAUUUAUAUGUAGAGUGUCUGUGCUAGGUGUCUUUUGCGCCCUUCAAUAUUUUUCUUAUACUGGUGUAUUUGUUUAUUCGGGAAAUUGCGCCAAAAUGACAUAUUGGCGAGUUGUAACAGUGAGUGAAGCUCUAGGAUCCAAGUUAAAUUCAAGAUUAGAAAUUAGAUUCAGUCUGUUCAGGAAAAACAUCUCAAAGAGUUUAAAAGCCACAAAUAAGUGGCUAAGAGCUCACGGACUUACACACUGGACACAACUCACUGAUGUGAACAAAUGAUUGAUUUUCUUCAGUAAACAAACACACAAGUAUAAUAUUUCUGUUUCAUUUGUUCUAUUUGUCUAUUUUCAGGAAAAUUCGCUGUUUUAAGUCAUUUUUAUGCAGAAAUGUAAAAAAAACUUUCUAUUGUAAAAUUGUCCUGUUACUGUGUUGUUUGAUUGAUUUGUUUAUUAUUAUUUUAGUCUUUAUUCAAAAAUCACAGCUCAUAAAAGUAUCACUUUUGUCUCGAAACAUUAACUUUAUUCUUCUAAAAUCCCUAAAAGUCUCAAGAGUUGAUGAUACACUCUUUGAUACCAUUUUAUUAUAGUUAAAUUAUGUUCUUUUUAAAUAGCAUGUCAUUUUUUUCUUUUUUUUUUAUAAAUAGUGUCAUAGAAUAAGUUUUGCACCAGAAACACAUGUAGAUGCUCUCCUUCGUCAUGCGCCUACAUUUUACUUCUAUUUAUUUCUUUGUCCUGCGGGGAUUUAUUACUUUUAAAAUAAAAGAGCACCAAGUUUGCUUUAAAUUUUUGUUAUUUUUAUUAUUCUUCCUCGACUGACUCGCCUGUUUUGGAGAAAAGGUUGAAGGUUGCGUUUGUAGCACUUAAACUCAGUUUUGGGAUUCUUUUUUUUUUCACUGUGGUUUGUGUUUAUUCUGCUGGUUACGGUUGUGUUUUCUUUGGAAAUUAUGCUACUGGAUGAAAACAAUAAAAUGGUUCUGAACUCAA